CAGACGGCUACUGAGCGACUUGUCACUUCGGCUCGACAAAACGUAGUUGAGGAUGAACGUAACAUUGUCAUUUCUGACCGACUGGUCACUGGCAUUGCGCAGGUAAUGGACGCCCAAGAGCAAGUGCUUCGCAAGGAGAAAGAACUCGUUCACGCAAGGGAACGUCUUGCGAAUAUCAACAAAGCGCGAUACGAGCGCGGAGCAUCGCCCGAGCAGUAA